CAGCUGGUCGCGGCAGUAACAAUACAAGCUCUCAGGAAUACGGUCGGUCCAGCGGGUGGACGAUAGUUGCUUAUACAUUUUUACUUUUAAGUAACUACAGCAACACCAACAAUAUAUUGUUACAUAUAUACAUAUAUAUACACACAUACAUACAAGGCAUACAAAACAAACAAACAACAUAGAAACACACGCUACAACAAAAACGUACUAAAAGAAAAAGUUGUUAAACGCGAAAAGAGCAAAUUGCACGUUCGUUACAAAAAUAAAAAUACAAAAGAAAAAAUUUAAAAAAAGAAAAAUAUUGAAAAUACUUACAUGCAUACAACACAUACAAUAAACGUAUAAACGUACUUAUGUAUGCACGUAUUAAGGCGCGUGUUCGCUAUUUCCAUGUGUGUGCGUGUGUUCGAAAAUCAUAAAGUAAAGAAAAACUAAGAAAAAUUUACAAAAAAAAAAAAAUAUUUAAUAACAAAAGCAAAAAACACAAAUUAACUAACUGUUGUGUGAAACGAUUUUUCUCUAACAUAAGUAACUGUGAAAUUCGCGCUUUGUAUGUAUUCGACGAGUAGUGUAUUGGAACAAGAAGUUGACGAAAAAUCGUAUAUAUCAAGCAACAAAAACAAACGAAUAAGAAAAACAGUUGGCGUUAAGGUCGUACAGAAAGUGUGACAGUCAGUCAGUGAGGGGUGAAUAAGAAAUGCAUACCUUUAUGAGCAUAUUGUAACAACAAAAACAAACAACAUGUACGCAAGUUUGGCAGCUUAAGAAGUGCAACGCAACACUAGAACCACAACAGCAUUACCUGAUGCAGCUCUGCGCAAGUGAACUAGAGAGAGAGAAGAGAGCGUGCAUAAAAAUUACAUUUACUGUUGCAGUUUCAAUAUCGUGAAGGAAUUAUCUAGUUAUAACAUUUUGGUAUUACACUUUAACUACAUCCAUUCAACGUCUACAAAAAUAGCAAUUUAAAAACAAUAAAAACUGCAAAUUAUAAUCUGCUUGGAGGGAUUGCUUUCCCCACAUUUAAUUUUUCACCAUAAAUUGCCCGUCAUCAAACAAGCCUGUUCAUAAUAUUGGCGUCAUAACUAAAUCCUCGUGGGACCAUCGCUGUCAGUUGGCGCCAUGGAGGACGAUCAGCAGUUCUGUCUAAGAUGGAAUAACCAUCAGAGCACGCUAAUUAGCGUAUUCGACACGCUGUUAGAGAAUCAAACACUCGUCGACUGCACAUUAGCCGCUGAGGGUAAAUUCCUUAAAGCUCAUAAAGUGGUGCUGUCAGCAUGCAGUCCAUUUUUUGCCACUUUACUGCAACAGCAGUAUGAUAAGCAUCCGAUAUUCAUUUUGAAGGAUGUCAAAUACCAAGAAUUGCGUGCCAUGAUGGACUAUAUGUAUCGUGGCGAGGUGAAUAUCUCGCAGGAUCAAUUAGCUGCAUUGCUAAAAGCUGCGGAAUCACUGCAAAUCAAAGGUCUAUCAGACAAUCGCAGUGGUGGUACGCCGAAAACAGAACAACACCGUGGUUUAAAUGUACCUGGAAGUGGUGGUAGUAGUAUCGGUGGUGGUGGUGGUGGUAAAUUGAGUGGUUAUACACUCGAGCAGACGCAGUCGAAACGUCCACGCGUUGGACCAUCCUCAAUGGAGACUGCAGAUAUAUCAGGCUCCCGCGAGGGCUCAUCUAGUCCAACUAGACGUCGAAGGAAAGUUAGACGCAGGAGUGUCGAAAAUGCUAUGUCCGCAGACGUUCAUGACAAUUCCAACUCUUCUCAAAUCAAUCAAUCGUCACUUCAACCACAACAACAACAACAACCACAAUCCAAUGCAAGUCUAACUGGGGUCGGGGCCAUAGCGGCAACCACCUCAUCACUUCCAGUUUCGGCAACCGCACUAUCGACCGGUACAAGUGGUGUUCUAACAGCAACUGGUUCCAUAGUAAGCACACAAGGCACUACUCAGCAAAUGACCACAAACAUUACCAAAAAGACUGAAAGCGUUAAGGGAGCAAGCGAUGCCAUGAAUUCAGAAAAUCUACCAACAGUGGGUGUAGUUGGUGCCGGAGACGAACAAAAUGUUGAGCAUGUUAAGGGUGAAAAGUCCAAUCACAAACAAAAGUCAUCGGCAGUUGGUGUUGCUGGUAAAGAAACUGCCGAAAUGGUAAUCGAACCGAAAAGUGAAUAUGACGAAGAGGGCAAUGAGGAAACCGUUGAAGAUUUAACAUUAGACGAUGAAGAAAUGGGUAUGGAUGAUUUAGAUCAAAAUGCCGGUACAAGUCAAGCUGGUGAAGGUUCAAGUCAAGGAUAUGCACCGUGGCAACAUGACAGAUCUCAGGAUGAGUUAUUAUUGGCGCCACAAGAAGCACAGCAACGGGAUCCACAAGAUGGCUUAUUGCAGACGACUUCGAAAAGCGCGACAAUAUCAGCAUGUCAAACUGGUGCGGCACUUACCUCAGCAGCGGGCAACAGCGUCUACAGCGCCGAAGCACAAACUCAGUCACAAAGCGAAUCACGUAUACGCGUGCGCGACUGGCUGAUGCUGGCCGAUCAGUCCAUACUGCAGAAGACGAUAGAUCAGCAACCAGACCAAACACUAACCACAACCACUAAUGCGGCCACUAACAACGUUACAACGGCUACGGGACUUAGCAAUGUCGAUGCGAACGCACAUAACCCAGCAACAACAGUAAUGCCGGCAAUAGUAUCCGUGUCGUCGUCCGCAAUGCCGGCAACAACAGCAGCAACAUCAGCAGCCGCCACGCCCAACAAGCAGACCACAUUGAUGCGCAUCGGGAGCAUCGGACGCACCACAAUCACAUGCGUUGCACCGGCGCACACUGGCGAUGAUGGCGAUAUGAAUUUAUUGAAUAACGGUAAUAUGGGUGUGAUAUCGGCGGCCGCUUUGGCAGCUGCUGGUGUCGAACUCGAAUCGGUGGAUGAGAGCAUGACCGAAGUGCUGGUGAAAAUUGAGAAUUCCUCCUCCUCCACACAAGAGGAAGACGAAGAGAUGGAGGCUGAGGCGGAGGUCGAGGAUGAGGGCGAAGGCGAACUCGGCGACGAAGAUGUUGAUGAUGAUGAUGACGAACAACAACAAGCAGGUGAUAAUGGCAAAGAGCCGGAUUACAAUUAUGAGCUGAAAUUGUCGAGCCCCAUGUCGUGGGCUUUUGACACGGUGAAGAUCGAGAAUGAGGAAGAAUUCGAAGAUAUACUCUCCGGUGAGCAGGACACCACCAAUACCGAAGAUGAGGAUGACUUGUUGACCACCGCCGCGGCCACAACCAAGCAAGCUGCCGCCAGCUCUACCGAACACAAUGUGAACGCAAAUGUUGUUGCGCACACCGACCUGUGCGCUGAGUUGCCACCGGUGAGCACACGUGACGCAGUGACGAGCCGCGCUGAGAGUGUGUUGCAUAAGAGUGCGCAACCGCGUGGCGCUGGCAAGCGGCGCAGCAUGUUGGAGCGCAAGGAGACGGCGACGACGACGACGACGGCGACAGUGUUGAGCAAGCAACAACAACAACAGCUGUUGGAGCAACAACAACACUUGCAACAUCUGCAAUUGCGACCGACACAGCAGACGCUGCAAUUCAAGCUCGCCUCCAUACCGGCGACCAUCACUUCAAUAACAACAACAACAACGACAGCCGCAACCAAUGCCAACAAACACAACAGCAACGGUGAAGCAGGCGCUGGUGCAGCUGCUGGUGGUGGUGAUGGUGUUGGUGGCAUUAUUGUUGGCACACCUACCACCACUGCCGCCAACAGCGAAUCGCAUGCGAAGGUGCAUGGUAAACACAGCGCCGACUUCAAAUCGUCCGUUUCCGAUGAUAAACGCUAUCGCAUACUCGUGCAGAAUCAACGCAUGCGCAAAGAGUCGCUCGAACACUCGGAGGAUAUGAUCUACAAUGCGGAUAUCGAGAAGCCAUGGGUGUGCCGCAAUUGCAAUCGCAACUACAAGUGGAAGAACAGUCUUAAGUGUCAUCUGAAGAAUGAGUGCGGUCAACCGCCGCGUUACUUCUGCAGCAAACUGUGCGGCUAUGCCACGAAUGUGCACAGCAAUUUGAAGCGUCACUUGAAUACGAAGUGUCGCGAUCGCAUGGAGGAGGAUCAGAAGACCAACACCAGCACCUACACACUUGUAUUCCAGCAAAACGAAUAGGCGGCCACCAGCGGCCAACGCACGCACACAAACAAACACAGAACACGCGACGCGCGACAGGCAUACUCGUAGUGUCAGCGGGCGCGGCAACAACACUUCGCAAACGCUCGUGCGUGUUUUUGUUAGCAACUUUUCCACACUUGCAUAUUUAGCGCUUGCAUAUAUUUAUUAAUUCAAUAUUUAUGUAUUUUAUUAUUAUUAUUUUCAUGUUUUUUGUUGAAACGAAGCAUUCCUUAAUUUCGUAUUUAGUUAAAGUUCGGAAUCGACGCUAGUCAAAGUGUGAACGCAACAUAUGAAAUAUGUUUAUACAAACGUUCGCAUAUAUAUAUUUAUAUAUAUAUUGUCGUUCUUAUAUAUUUAUGUAUUUUAGUACAUAAAAAAAUACUUUUGUUUUUAAUAUUUAAUUAUUAUUAAUUUAUUUAGUUUGUAUUUUAGAGAGAGUCAGUUAUGAGCAAGUAUUACUCGCGCUCUUACCCAUAUGGGAGCAGCAGUCAUGAAUGCAACCUUUUCUAGUCAAAUGAUGAUUCAAAGUCUUAUAGAAAAUUUAAUUACACAUAGAUAUUUAUUAUAUGUAGCAUAUGUAUGUACGUACGUAUUGAACACUGCAAUUUAUAUUAGUUAUAAAUAUAUAUAUUAUAUUAAAUGUAUAUGUUGCUGUCAUUUUAGUUUAAUAAUAAUUUAAUUGUUUAUUGACGGAAACAAAAAAUUAAAUUACAAAAUAAUUAUAUUAAAAUAUUGCAUAAAAUAAAAUAUUUUCGCGUACUUAUACAUAUAAAUUAAUAUUAUUAAUAUAAUUUUUCGUAUUGUAAAUGCCAUAUAAAUGUAAAUGGAAUAUUACUUUAAUGCAAUUUACAUACAUAACGCCACGUUAAUGUGUAUUUAUUCUAUA